CAUAAUUUGAAAUUCAUGAUUGUAUAACAAGUGCUAUAAAAGUCGAAUGCAGGGCAUCGGAUUCUUUCAUUCAGUUUUUUUUUCUGUCUUGAGCAUCAGUCAUUCGAAUUCCAGUACAUCCCUCGACGGACUUCACUUGGUAAUAUUCUCAAGAUUAUUUAUUAAAUUCCCGCCAAAUCGCAACAAGUCUCAAAAUGUCAACAACGUCUAAACUUGACGCCCUCCCAGAUUUUGCCAAGGAGUACUGCUAUGAAAUCGAUGGAUGGGUCAUGCCUAAACUAAAUCCGAAACGCUUCUUGGAUGACCUCAAGAACUAUGAGGUCAGAAGUGACGACACAUACCUCAUCACGUGGCCCAAAUCAGGAACAACGUGGAUGCAGAAUAUCCUGACAUUGAUCUUUGCUAAUGGUGACAUGGAUGCAGUCAGAGAGAAACAUCUCUUCGAUCGAGUUCCCUUCUUAGAGAUGCCACAGGGAUUAGACUAUAAAAAGGCUGAAAAUGACAAUGGGCUGUAUGAGAUUGCCAGGGAUAUGCCCUCUCCUCGCAUUCUUAAAACCCAGUUACCACCUCCAUUCCUUCCCAGUCAGCUAGAGGAAAAGAAACCAAAGAUUGUAUACGUCGCCAGGAACCCUAAGGAUGCGGCUGUAUCGCACUUCCAUUUCUGCAACGUAUCACCUGCCCUCCCUCAGUAUAGAGACUGGAAUGACUUCUUCAUUGACUUUUGUAACGACUCAAUUCCCCGAGGAUCCUGGUUUGAAAACGUCUUCUAUUGGUGGAAUAAGCGAAAUGAACCCAAUGUGCUUUUUAUCACAUAUGAGGAAAUGAAAAAAGACCUCCGAGCUUCUGUUGUACGAGUUUGCGAGUUCCUCGGCAAAGACCUUUCAGAAGAAAUCAUUGACGUGGUCACGGAGAACUCGACAUUUGCCGCAAUGAAGAAGGACCCGAAAUCGAAUCCCGACUCGUUGCCCAUCUUCAAGGAAGCAGUGAAACAAAAGAGAUCGUUUCUAAGGAAAGGUGAAGUUGGCGACUGGAAAAACCAUUUUACAGUAGCUCAAAAUGAAAUCUUCGAUGACUUAUAUCGUGAAAAAACGGAAGGUACAGACGUGAAUUUCACCUUUCAACUUUAGACUCUGGCACCAAACUCUUUGAUGAAAAGGGUCCUUUCGAUCAGUUCAGAUGAGGUCUACAUUGACAGCAUAAUUUCAGAUAUCCCUGGUUGUAUUUUUUAACAUUUGCGACCCAAAGCUAUGGGCAUAACACUGAUCUUUAACACGGACUCUAUCAUUAAUGAAUGCUAACAUUGUAUGCUGAUUCUGCAUUCUGAAACCAACUUUAAUUCCAUUAAGCCUAAUAUCUACACUAACCUCAAUACUAACGUUAACCCUAACACUAAUCCAGUUUAAUCCUGUCUUUACCAUAAUCUUGUCCUUACCUUCCUGUUACUCUAACACCAACACUAACACUUAUCGUAACACUCAUCCUAACUCUGACAUUAAUCACAACCCUGACACUUACCAUAAUUCCACCUCGAUAUUCUACAGUACUUGAGACAGAAACUUUAGAAAGAGAGAAAAAAAAAACAAAUCAGUGUAAAAUUGUGAUAAGCA